UCUGUGGGGACCCUGCAUUCCAAAAGACUCUCAGCACAUAAUUGGUCCCCGAGAAUCGGGAUAGAAUAACAUUUUCAAAUAUUUUAUUUGGACCAACAGAUGGAUUAAAGUACACAAGAUUUGAAAUAGUGGUUGAGCAAAUAUCCCUUGCUGUUGGUCAGUUGAGAUUGAGGAGUUGGUCCCACCCUGUUACAACACGUCAAGGUUUCCAUGCUGUGUGUACAGCAGAAGCUACUGGAACGGGUUUAAGAAGAAGAAGAGGAGGAGGAAGGAGAAAUAAUCUACCAUCCGAGCUGGACCUGGACUUUUUUUUCAGUGGAAAUCUUUUCCUGCAACUGAAACCAAAGCUGCUUCUGCUCAUCUGCGAGAUCUCUGCAAGACUAUGGCUAUGCAGAGAAAGGAGAUAGUAUUUGCCGUGUUGGAUCUCAGGAUUUGGAUCUGCCUGCUGAUGUUAUAUGGCAGAUGUCUCGGCCAGAAGGACUGUACAGGUGUGACUUGCCCUUUGCUUGAAUUCUGCUUUGAGGAGGUGCUGGAGCCUGGAGCUUGUUGCUCUUCUUGCGUGCAACAUGGUUGUGCCUGUGAGGGCUACCAGUAUUAUGACUGCGUUAAUGCUGGCUUCAGGGAUGGCAAAGUGCCUGAAGGAUCGUCCUAUUUUGUUGAUUUUGGGAGCACUGAGUGCGCAUGUCCCAGUGGAGGAGGCAUAAUAGGUUGUUAUUUUAUCCCUUGUCCGGAGCUGCCACAGAACUGCAUUGAGGUGAUGGAACCAGCUGAAGGCUGUCAACAGUGCGCAAAGGUGGGGUGCCUUCACGAGGGCCAGAAAUACAUGGCGGGCCAUACGUUCCGCAUGCCUCCCUGCAAAAUGUGCCAUUGUGGCAAUUCUGGUGGCGAUUUAUUAUGCUACACUCUACCCAAGUGUGAUGCCACUCAGGAACUGAAGUCGGUCUAUCCAGUGACCAGUGAGAAUGAAGAGCCCGCGCAGCAUUACGAUGGUCAACGCAUCUUCGACCAGGAGCCUUUGGGGAAUGAGCACUUCCAUAAGGAAGACCCGAAACAGUCCAAAGAAAACAAACCAUUUAACAGAGGGCAACGAAGACACAACAUGAAAAGCUCGGGCACUGAUGAUGAAAUGGAAUUGGACAAUGUGGUGCCCAUUAUGCCCCGCAAUGGGUUGUAUACCACGACAGAGCCUCAAGUCAUCACUGCAACCUCAACAGAAACGACAGUCCAACCUACCCUGCCUAGAAAGAAAAUGAAAGGUACACGGCGAGCAGAACAAUUUCAACGAGAACGGAUCUCGAAGAAGAAAGUGAUCGAAGAGAAGAUGGAAAACAAGGAGGAAGCCACACAACCUGUGUUUCCAACCGUUAAAUUCAGUGUCACAAGGCAACCCCCUAUUGCUAUCAAGAACGAUGAUAAUUCGGUGCCAAACAAACAACCACAGACAUUAUUGGAUUUUCGUUUUGACGAGGUGGACAAUAGCAUUCAACUACCCGCAGAUUUGAAUGAAGGGGCUGCAAGGCAUAAUAUCAGUUACCAGCUUGUACAGAUUGUUCAUCCCAGUGAACCUUCGUUUACCAGUGCUGCUCCCCUCCCCAGAGCAAGUGAAGAUGUAAAUCCAACAACAGGAGAUGCCUUGGAGAGAGAGGGCAAUGACUCCAGCGAUCCCUUACUUGCUUCCAGAUUGACAACUGCUGCCACCACAGUGUCUACCACUCAUCCUACUUCCACCUCAACUCUAUCGUGGCAACUCACCUCCUCCAAUCCUGGCUCCACUCAUGAGGAUAUAGACCCUUCUAUAGAUGUGAUUGAAGACUGCUGCACGGCGGGACAACAGUGGGCUGCAGACAAUGGACAAUGCUUUGAUAUCCCUGCGAGUGGGCUAGAAUCUCACACAUGCAGAAUUGCUCGGAAACAGUGUUGCAUCUCGUACUUGGAGGAGCAAAGCUGUUUGGUGGGUAUGAACUUUGCUAAAGAAAGUGAAGACUGCUUUGCAAACCCUAAAGAUGUCUGUGGAGCCGACAUAUACAAGAAAUGUUGUGACUGCUGUACAUUAGGUAUUAUAUUUUGGAACCAGUACAGAGGGUGUGAAGAGAAGCCAAGCCUAGGCUUCCCCUGCAGUCAUGCAUUUAUGAGCUGCUGUGAGGAGGCUGAAGACCUGGGUCAUUUUCCCGUGAGGCACUGGCUCAAGCCAAGACCACUUCCUGACACCACUUCCAUUCCUGAAGAAGUUUUAGAAACAGAAAGCCAGAAGGAAUCGCAUUCACUGACAGAUACCGAGACCGCAUUUAACUUCAUCAUGGACAAUGAACUAAGUGAAUGUACGAUGUAUCCUGGACAAUUGUGCCAGCAUUUCUGCAUCAAAACAUUGGAGUCCUAUGAGUGUACAUGUUUCCCUGGAUUUACCUUGCAAGCGGAUGGACGCAGCUGCAAAUCAGGAUAUGACGAAGAAGAUACAAGUUAUAUGGAUGUGCAGACUUCCGAAGUACCACAGACUGUAACAACUGCUGAAGUGGAUCGCUGUGGAGAUGCCAGCCCGUGCAUGCACUACUGCUCUCAAGUUGGAAAGGAUAUUAUUUGCUCCUGUUUCUCCGGGUAUAGACUGAUGACAGACCAAACCUCUUGUGAAGAUGUGAAUGAAUGUGUACUGGGCACACACAACUGUUCAAGAGGAGAGUCCUGUAAAAAUAAUCACGGAUCAUUCCAGUGCAUCCCUAUAAUAACGUGUCCGAGUGGCUUUGUCCCAAAUGCAUUCGACAAGUGUGUCGAUAUCAAUGAGUGCUUAACAGUCUCCCAAACAUGCAAAAAUGGAGAAAAAUGUAUCAAUACAAUUGGCUCCUACAGAUGUCAGAAGCUGAUCACUUGUGGACCAGGCUUUGAACAAAUGGUUGAUUACUGUCAAGAUAUCAAUGAGUGCGAGCAAGGCAAUCAUGAUAUUAAUGAAUGUACUACUUUAACUCAGGCUUGUAAGCCUGGGUUCAAAUGCAUUAACAAUGUUGGUUCUUACACCUGCCAAAGAAGUUUCAUCACUUGUGGAAGGGGUUAUCAUGCGAGUACUGAUGGUUCUCAAUGCAUUGAUGUUGAUGAAUGUCAAAGUGGAGUGCAUCGCUGUGGAGAAGGACAAGUCUGUCAGAACAUACCUGGGAGCUAUCGCUGCGAUUGCAAGAGUGGUUAUCAGUACAACUCUCUCAGCAGAACAUGCGCUGAUGUUAAUGAAUGUUGGCGCUACCCGGGCCGGCUCUGCGCACAUACUUGCGAGAAUACCCCAGGGUCCUAUUACUGCACCUGCAGCACGGGAUUCAAACUGGCUCCUGAUGGCAAGAACUGUGAAGAUGUCAAUGAAUGUGAGAGCACAGUGUGUGGUCAAGAAUGCGCCAAUAUCUACGGCUCUUACCAAUGCUAUUGCAGACAGGGAUACCAGCUCAGUGAACAAGAUGGCCACUCCUGUGAGGAUAUCGAUGAGUGCGCCCAAAGUGGAGGCACAGUCUGUAUGUUCCGCUGCCUGAAUGUACCAGGCAGCUAUAAUUGUGCCUGUCCUGAGGUUGGUUAUGCCAUGUCCCCGAAUGGACGAACAUGUACAGAUGUCGAUGAAUGUGCUAUAGGGACUCACAACUGUACGUCAACCGAAACCUGCUUCAACGUCCAAGGGGGCUUCAAAUGUCCAUAUAUUGAUUGCCCACCGAACUACAGAAAAGCAUCUGACAUGCGCUGUGAACGCAUUAUGUGUCCCAAUUUCAUGGACUGCCAGAACAUACCUAUCAGAAUCACCUAUUACCAGUUGACCCUGCCGACCAAUGUCCAGGUUCCAAGCACCAUUUUUCGCAUUGCACCGUCACCAGCCUACAUAGGAGAUAACAUCGUGCUGACCAUUAUUAAAGGGAAUACCGAGAACUACUUCAGCACGCGGAAGCUAAACGCUUACACUGGAAUCGUCUACAUACAACGGCAACUCAUGGAAUCCAAAGACUUUUUGCUGGAUGUCGAAAUGAAACUCUGGCGACAAGGAACCUUCACUUCCUUCCUGGCUAAAAUUUAUGUAUUUGUCACCGCUCAUCCUGUCUAACGCAAACACUGUCGCCGUUGUAUCUGAUAUAACUUUUUUGCUUAAAGGCUUGACACUAGAUCGCUCACAAGGCCAGUUGACUUAAAUGAAGUGCGGGGGAGAGGACAGGGUUUAUUGACUUUUAUGUCAAUAGAAAUGAAACCUCAGCGGCUGAAUCAAUAUCACCUAUUUAACAUUUUAACCAUGGUCAAAGUUAUUCCCAGUGUCACCUUGGGAACUUUAUUCACUGUAUCUCCCAUUUUGUUGCUACCAGGGUAUGAACUGAUGCUUGCAAAGUAAUUGAAUUACACUGUGCUCCAUAUAUAUGGUUCAGACUACCUGAAUUAUAUUCCUAGAACCAUUAAUGUCCAAUAUCGGCAUACGAGACAAAUUAUUUAGCAGCUCCAUAGCCUUGUAUGUACAUUCAAUCCAAAAUUUCAAUCAGAAUAAAUGUAAAAGGAUACAGAUUUUUUAACAAAUUCAGAAGAUUGAUGUGCACUGCCUCGUGAAAGAGUGUUUGUUUUAAAAAAAAUCUCACGUGUUUUGCAAUCACACUUUGCAGUGACAGCAAUCACAAUGAAGUCAGUCAUCAUUGGUGUGGGAAGUUAUGACGAUAAAUUAAAUUAAAAUGACUUUGCACCCACCUGAAAGGAAAUGAAGCAAAUUUCUUUUUGAAGCAAAAGGAGCAAGUUUUUGGUGUAGAUUUAUGUUGGAUAGAAGUGCACGCUCUUGGUAAUGGGAAGGAAGUGAAACCUGUAGACAAGGAGUUGCAUAGUUAUAUGGAAACACUCUGAGUUCUGGACAAAUUCACCUGAAAGAUGAGUUAAAAUUUAAAUUCUGUCUAUUAAACCAAUAUGGAACAAAAGUUAGGAUCAAAGCAGCCACGGAGCUCCCAGGCCGUCAUUAACAAACCCAUGUGGUUUGCUCAUGUCACUUAAUGGAAAUAAAUCUGCAAUCUUGCCCUGAUCUGAUCUUCAGGUGAACCUUAGAUCCAUGGACUUGAUGUUGUCUCAUAAGUGCCUCUGAAAUGCCAAAUCAAGCCACUCAGUUUGAGGACAGUUGUCGACUUGUAAUAAUCAUCAAUCUUUGCCCACAAAACAGAGAAUGAGAUGAAAACGAUAUUUUGUUCUACCACCCAAGAGAAUUGAAACCCAUUGUCUCUUGAAGUGGACCAUAUAAUAGGACUUUCUUAAUGCCUCGUGUCUGUUGACUAGUUAUAUUUCCAUAUGAUUUUAGUAGUGAAUACAUUUUUUUUAAAGAUAUUCUAUUCUAGACAAUGCUAACUUUAAAAUAGAUUUGUUUGCCCUCACAUGUUGAGUUUUUUAUCGAAUGAAAUGAUCAGUGUGAGAAUAACAUUUUAUGUGAGACCAGAAAACUUCAAAGACAAUAUAAACAGGGAAAAAAAAUGUUCUCUUUUAAUAAUGCUAUCUUAAUGGAAUGGAAUAAUCGUGUUUGUAGUUCUACUUUUCACAGCCAUUAUAUCGUACUUUCUUUGGCACGGCAGAUAUUUACUGAAAAUGUACAUCAAAUCUAAAAGUUAAGUAAUGUUUACACUUUUUCUCAUUGAGUAAUGUUGAAACUUGAGACUCUUUGCUGUCAGAUGAAAGUUUAUUCUGCCGUGAUAACCCUCAAAGGGUUCAAACUUUGCCACUCUUGACCAUGUAAGGACCAGUUAUUAAACAUGGGCAUAGACCUCAAAUAGGAAAUAAAGUAAGUCUUUAUAUAAAA